AAUGGUACUCCCAACUAGUGCUUGGUCAAAUUUCCCUAUCAUCAUUAUGAUCAAUAAAAAAUAGGAUUGACAAUGAUAUAAUAUGGUUCCAAGGUCCAAGUCCAAACCCUAACAACUUAAUCAAAACCCCUCGCUGCUACUAGUAAGUAAUAUGUAAUCGAAACUCCUACUCCUACAAAAUCGAUUAAUUAAGAUUGUGCUUUUCAGUUGUUCAUCAGUAUUCAGAUCUAGCUACUAUUGUUAGGUGGUAGCAGCUGUUAGUCCCACGUUGGAGCCUGUUGAUAGGCUUUUACUAGUGUUUUUUUUUUUUUUUCCACCUGGUGAAAACCGAAAUAAAAUGGAAGGGAAUUCAGGAGGAGGAGGAGGCGGCGUAGCAGACAGAGGAGGAAACGACGUGGAGCUGGUUUGCAAAACACUUCAGGUUGAACACAAGCUGUUCUACUUCGAUCUCAAGGAGAACCCACGCGGGCGUUACCUGAAAAUCUCCGAAAAGACAUCGGCUACCAGGUCCACCAUCAUCGUCCCUUCCUCUGGCAUUUCCUGGUUCCUUGAUCUUUUCAAUUACUACGUCAACUCCGACGACCACGAUCUCUUCAGUAAGGAAUUGCAGCUCGACACUAAAGUCUUUUACUUUGACAUCGGCGAGAAUCGCAGGGGUCGUUUUUUGAAGGUAUCUGAAGCAUCUGUCAGCAGGAACCGCAGCACCAUUAUUGUGCCUGCAGGGAGUACUGGGGAUGAAGGGUGGGCAGCAUUUAGGAACAUAUUGGCAGAGAUCAAUGAGGCAUCAAGGCUCUUCAUUUUGCCCAAUCAGCAAAGUUCUGAACCUUCAGAACGUAUUGUUGGGCUUUCAGAUGAUGUUGGGGCUGGCUUCAUAUCUGGACACAGCCAGCCUACCUCAACUUCUGAAUUGAAAGUAGACAGAUCAGUUGAAUUGCCUGCACAGGAUGAACUUGGUAACAUGGGGGUUUCAAAGGUGAUCAGAGCUGAUCAGAAGAGAUUUUUCUUUGAUCUUGGGAGCAACAACAGAGGACAUUUCUUGAGAAUAUCUGAAGUUGCAGGUUCUGAUCGGUCUUCCAUCAUUCUCCCAUUGUCAGGAUUGAAGCAAUUCCACGAAAUAGUGGGUCAUUUUGUGGAGAUUACAAAGGAUCGCAUUGAAGGAAUGACUGCUGGAAAUGUUCGAACGGUGGAUCCACCUCCAAGGUGAAUGCCAGUGGAACAUGGUGAAAUAAAUAAAUAAUUCUGAUUCUGUCAAGUUUGCUCCUCCAAAGCCUCUAAUAGUUGUUUGAUAAGAGGUGCAAUUGUGCUCUUUUCAUCCCUUCUGCUCUCAUUCAAGCCUGAAAAUAAUCUGAUUUUAUAUGUUUAAUCAACAGAGAAACAUCGGAGAUACUUGUGAAUCUUAGUUUCAUGGGAAUAACAGAUUACAAUUGGAUAAAUGUAAUUUGUCAGUUUGAUAGUGUGACUUCCUCGUUACCUUCUCAAUAAUGCUUAUUUCAUGUGUGUGGGGUUUUUUUUUUUUUCUUUUUUUUCUUUUUUUUUCCUGUCUUAGAAGCAAGCACUGAUGGGAUGUAUUAAUUUCAAUUUUAAACAAAUAUUGCUUGGAAUUGUUGCAUGGUGGGUUUUUCACUGUUGUCAAGUAUUGUGUUCUACUUUGUCAGCGGAUUGCAAAACCGAAGGUUACAUUU